GUCACCAACGUACGUAAAUAAUCAGCAUCUGGAAAGGGACGGGUAUUUAAAUUUUCUACACACAGAAGUUCAACGAAUGUGGCUCUAACUUUGGUUAUUUUUGUGGUUGUUUCCAGAGAAGUGAAGCAUUUUAAUCGUCAUAAUGCAUCCCAGUUUCAGAAAGAAACAUGUUAUCAAACUUCUGUGCCGGUUUUGUGAUUCCUACGUGUGUAGAAGAGGCAUGAAAGCGGUUUUGUUGGCCGACACAGCAGUGGAAUUGUACUCGACAGAUUCGCCUAUUUCUGGCAAAGUCAGCAGUGUCGGCAAAAGUUAUUCGACCAAAAAGUGCACCUGCAAAAUCUGUGAUGUCGCCUGCACAAGUUGUGGUAAUAUUUUAGGGUACCAUGUUAUGUUGCCUUGCACCUCAUGCCUUCAGUCUUGCAAUAAUGGCCAUCUCUGGAUCUUCAACAGCAACACAGUAUGGGCUGAGAGCAGAUUAAACCAAUCAGCCACAGAGAUGCUGAAAUGGGACAGCUUGCCCGACGCUGCAUCAGAGCAAGAUUCGGAACUUGACGAGUGGGACAACUACUUUCAAGAGAUGGAGUGCUGCCGAUGACACAGGAUAUUGCAUCUUACUUUUUUGUGUUUUUUUCUACCGUAAACUUUUCUAAAUGAUGGGGGGAAAAAAGGAUACCUAUAUAUACAGUGAAAGGGUACAGAUGUGGGCCACUCCCAAAAUGUUCGGAAUCGAUGCUAAGGAGCCGAGGAACUGUUUGGAAUCUAUUUUAGAUUUCCUAAGCCAAAAAAAACUUGUGUAGUACCCACUGAAUUUUUCUGAAUGAUGGGGGGGGGGGGAAGGAUAUAUACAUUCAAAGGGUAGGCUAGGGUGAAUCCCAAACUUUAGGGAAUCAAUGUUAAAGAGACAAGGAACUGUUUGGAAUUUAUGUCAGAUUUCCUCAGCAAAAACAGGGUACCCAUGUACACUUUGUACAGUCAAAAGAGUAUGCUUGGGCAACUCCACAGUUUUUUGUAACCGAUGCAGAAAGUCAAGAUACUGUUCAGUAGCUGUUUCAAAUUUCUACAGCUAAGACAAGGAAUCUCUCCUUAUAUUCCACUCGGCGUGUAACUCGGAGAAUUGUCCACUAACAGGUACAUCUGAACCUGAUCUGUUUUCAUGUUUAAAAAAAAAUGUAAAUUUGUAUUUCAUUCGCCAGAAAGAGAAAUUAGCCAGUUCGGGCGAGGACCAUUAGUCGACUAGUGGUUGAUUUGUGACGCAGCCUGCACACUUAUAGCAACGUGCAAGCGUCUCUAGUCAAACGCUAGUUUAAACAUCGGCACAAAACGUCUUGAUCCUGGCUCCCUGCUUUGCAAUAUGAUGCCCGCGGCCAAUGGUAACCAGUGGUGUAACCGUGCCUUGUGGUCCGCUUUCAAAUAGUCGACUAGAGCAGUCCAACCAUCCUGUGUCUGGGUGAAGUUAGUCAAACUAUGGUGAAGCACAAUCCUCGUCCGAACUUGCUCUGAUUUGUAUAUAACUGAUCAAAUGGGAUUUUUUUUUUUUUAAUAUGUACAAGCAACUCAGUUAAUUCAGGAGCAUCGUAUCUAAAAAUUAACUUUUGUGGUUCUAUUUUUAAUCAUUAAUACUUAGAUAUGUUGGCUUAUUUGUUAAAAAUUCUGUACAUUUUGUAAUAUAUUGCCUUUUUUUUUAUCUGCUUCACUAGCAA